AUGGACCUAGAUUGUACAGCCAACUCCUCAGUUUCGGACUCUCAAUCAAAUGAACACACUGUCGGAUCUAGUCCAACAGAAUUAGGCUAUGAAAAUACUAUAGGAACACCGACAGGAGUGGAACAUUACUCCGAUCUAUAUGAUAACCGAUCAAAUAAAAUUGUGGCAGAAGACCCUAGAAAUAAUUUGGAGUCGUCAGUCAAUGAAAGUGGCUACAGUUCCUAUUGUAACUAUAGUUACAUAUCAACUGAAGAUGCAAUUACUAAACCUGAAGAAAGUGAACCUCAGUUUUGCGUUAAUGCAUGCCAUUCGAUUUAUACGAUUCCUUAUGUGCCAGAGAACUUAACAAACAACACUUGUCGUUAUGUAGAAUUUACAAGUGACAACAACGAGACAGUCAAUGCAGUAGCAUCCAUAGUUAGUCAUGGUGUGAAUUCUUGCAGUUACAUCCCUGUUUCUAAUAUGAUUACUACUGUUAUCAAUCACAAUUGUACACCAACAGUUACAAAUGAAUUCACCAAAAUCUUUAACUACCAGUGUGACACAAUAUCAACCCCAGAUAUAUCAAGGAAGAAUGAUAAUCAAAGAAAUUUCAAAAGUGAUCCUGAUACAUUUUGGGUUAGUCAGCGUGAUGACAUUCAAAAGUCAGUUAGCAUAAGAACAGGUCAUCUAUCAAGUGAUAAACAAAAUGCAUUGGAUGGUUACGUAGACAGUGGAAACAUUCCUACUUCUACAGACCAACAGCUUUUACAGCCACAGGCGUGUUUAAACAAUUAUCGCGUUAAAGAUGACGAAUCCAAAGAGUCGUAUAAUUCAAAUUUUCCUGAAUUUGCGUACAACUUAAUGAAUACACAUUCUCAACAUUACACAACAAGCGAUUUUAUUAAUUCCAGUUCUCAAAAUUCCGUGAUAGACUGUAUCUCAUCAUAUCAAGAUAGUUCUCAGAAUUCUGAGAGCGUCAGUGCUUGUGUUAAAGGACCAUCGUUCUAUUCGCAAACUCAUAACGUUUAUUGGCCUUGGGUCGACAGAUUUUACGCUGAAAACUGCGCUUCGAAAUUAGGCUCAGUUUGUAAUUCGGAUGUUGCUACUAAGGGACUAAUGAACUACACAAAUUCAUUCUCUUGUAAUCCAAGCUUUGGUCAUUCCUACAAUUCACACUCUUUAUUCAUCAGCGGUGCUAACCUCCCGUACAUCAGUGGAAAGCCAAAUGAACAGUCUCAGGAAAAUAUGUCUGCUUUUCAUUCUAUUGCUCAAAUAUCCAGUGAUUACUCCGGGACAUCUGUGGUUGCCGGUAAUAUACCAAAUCUCAUUUUAAUGAACGCACAAAGCAGUAGUGAUUUUUCGGCUCAGUCUGCCGAUAAUCGUAAAGAAUCUCAAGAAGAUGAGAACAGCUUUGAUCAUAGUGAAACGUCAUGGCAACCAGAACUGAAUUCUGUUCAAUGUUCAUCACGCAAAAGAUUGUCAGAUAAACAGAGAAAGACUAUAUGUGUUUCGAUUCUCAACGAAAAUCAAACGGAAGAUUCACAUACUCCUCAAGAUGAAAUUACCCAAAAUUCCUCCACAUCAUUUGAUAUUUCGAGCCUUCACCGAGAAAAUGAAAUUUGUUUAGACCAAUCAAUCUCUGGAAAUAGCUAUUCAUGGACGUCAAAAAGUGAUAAACUGAAAUUUAAUUCCCGCUUAAGAUCAAAAAGAUAUUCUGACGCGAUCAAUUUAACACGAAAUAGACCAUUAAAUCAAACUGCCUUGAGUGUGAUGGAAAGUUGGUAUACAAAUCAUGUAGAUAACCCGUAUCCUACAACAGCGGAGAAAGAAGAAUUAGCAGCACUUGGUGGAAUAACAGUCAUUCAAGUGAGUUCUUGGUUUGCCAAUCGCCGAACACGAACAGCAAACACCAAACCGAAGAAGAAUCGAAGAAAGUUGUAUCAUCAAAUUUAUCAACUAGCCGUUGAAAUUGAAGCAUUAACACAAGGAUCACUCCGAGCUUGUGAUUUACAAGAACGAAUUGGACAAAUUAUUGAUGAAUAUUUAACGUGA